CUGCACUCAGUUGUGAGUUUGGCCUAUUGCAGGUUAGGCGUUGUUGACGUCUUCUCUACUGCUAUCCGUUGUGGCGGCGUGUUCGUUUUAAUAUUCACCUAUCAGGGGGUGUCUUUUCUUCGUUUCUUGCUAUUCUCAUAUCUUCUCCUAUUCUCAUUCAUCUGCUUCCCCCCUAACUCUUCAUAUAUCUGGUCUUAAUUUGCUGCCUGUUCUCUAGCAUCACUAAACACUAUUUCUGAGCUUUGCGAGCCUGUUUACUGUCACACCCCCUAACCACCUCUCCUUUUUUUUUGUGAAUGAAAUCCGUGUUGAAAUUUGUAAGUGUUCUAAGUCACAUUUAUCCCGGCGUUCUGUGAUUUGUUUAUAGUGUUAAUCAGCUGACGUGGAGAAUAUUGUUUUAUAUCUGUGUGAGGGUUGGUUCGAUUUUAAAAAUUUAUCCGUUUAUCCGUUUAUUGUUGUUUUUACAACAGUUGUUGCGUUUUGACGUUAAUUUGUUAAUGUUUUUAUAAGCAUAUAUGCUGAAGGUUUGUUGUCGUCAUAGAAGAACAAUAAUUUCGUUCUAAAUCAUUUUGUUUUAAUUUGCUGUUUUGUUAUUUAUUUGGAGGAUAAAUUUUAUUGUUAAUAAUUUGGGUAUUUACAUAAUUCUGUUGGAAAUUUACAUUGGAUAGAACAUUUGAUUUGUUGUACAUUUUUUUACAAAUUUGUUUGGACUUGAUACCUUUAAGUAAAUCAGACAUCCUGUAUUUUCACUCCUAUUCGUAUUUUCCUCCUCCCUAUUUUUCGUUUGCCACCUACCCUUAUACCUCCUCCGCCUCAGCAUCGAACGGCAGUUGUUUCUGUUGCUGUAACCAGUGCAGCACUUGCAUACUUGUUGCACGAAAUUCAUCUGUUUCAUCUACGGCAAGUAACCCAACGAUUUCCCCUGCAAAUCUGCCGGCAUAUCAUCCUCCCUACCACUACCACCCUCGUCUUCCCUCUGGUGGGCCAACAACCACAGCUGUACCGACAGUCGGGCGUUAUCACAAUCGAAAUUCUUCAAGCAACAACAUAUCGACAAUCCCUGCAGCCACAGUAACUGCUGCUGCUGUGUCUUCUAACAAUUACAGUCAUAGCCAACAUUAUCAGCACUUCUUGCAGCAGAGUAGCCGGCACACCAGUAGUGGCAACAAUAGUAGCCACGUUUAUAGUAAUUUAAAUAGCCUUGUGGUAGUCGGUGACGAGACAAAUAUUACUUCCACAUUAUCACCCACGUCAUCAACAGUUACAACGGCAACAACGACGCCCAUUAAGCGGGUCCAGGACGAAGUGGAGGACGUCCAAAUGCGUGGUUCAGACGAACUGCUGUCUCAGAGCGGCGCUGUGAGCAAUGGCUCAGUGAUGAGCCCGCAGCCCAACCACUCGGACAACAACAAUGAUGCCAAAAAGGUGAAGUUGGACAAGAAUCAAAACGGAAAACCAUCUAAGGUGAUCCACAUUCGCAACAUCCCUAAUGAGGUGACAGAGGCAGAGAUCAUCCAUUUGGGCAUCCCCUUCGGACGUGUAACCAAUGUCCUGGUACUUAAAGGAAAGAAUCAGGCGUUCCUGGAGAUGGCUGACGAAGUGGCCGCCUCCACCAUGGUCACGUACUUCACCAGUUGCAUGGCACAGCUGAGAGGCAGAGCCGUGUACGUCCAGUUUUCCAAUCACAAGGAGCUCAAGACAGACCAGACUCACUCCAAUGCGAACGCGUCUGCACAGGCUGCAUUACAAGCGGCAUCAGCCCUCUCCGGCCAGAACGAGACUCAGGGUGGCCCUAAUACCGUCUUGAGGGUGAUCGUCGAGCAUAUGGUCUACCCUGUGACAUUGGAAGUGUUAUGUCAGAUAUUCACCAGGUACGGGAAGGUGCUAAAGAUUGUGACCUUCACCAAAAAUAACACAUUUCAAGCGCUGAUCCAGUAUCCAGACGUUGUCACCGCCCAAGCUGCCAAAUUGUCACUGGAUGGACAGAACAUUUACAAUUCAUGUUGCACACUGCGCAUUGAGUACUCAAAGUUGACCAGCCUGAAUGUGAAGUACAACAACGACAAGAGCCGUGACUACACAAAUCCAAAUCUGCCUACGGGUGACCCAGGCCUGGAUGCCACCCUGGCUGGGCUAGGGGCCGGUGAGUUGAUCCCGCAGCUGUUGAUAGCUGGGGGCGGCGGGGGGCGACACAGAGGCCUCGCACAGGAACCAGGUCCUGCGCCCGGAAGAUUAGCUCCACCAGGUGCCCCUGGAGUUCUGGCGUCACCGUUUGCUGCGAUGCAUGGCCUUGGCUCACCACUUACCUCACCGUACGGAAAUUCGGCAGUGGGCGGAAUGGGAGCAGCAGGUAUGCCACUUGCAGGCUUCCAGAUGCCAGGUGCAGCAGCAACCACAGCCCUGAGUGCAGCAGGGAUUCGCUUGGCAGGAACCAUGGGUUCUGCAGGCUGUGUUCUCUUAGUCAGCAACCUAAAUGAGGAGAUGGUCACGCCUGAUGCUCUUUUUACCCUAUUUGGUGUAUAUGGAGAUGUGCAGCGUGUAAAGAUUCUCUACAACAAGAAAGAUAGUGCACUGAUCCAGAUGUCAGAACCACACCAAGCACACUUGGCUAUGACACACAUGGACAAGCUCAGAGUGUUUGGAAAGCAGAUCCGUGUAAUGCCAUCUAAACAUCAGACGGUGCAACUGCCUAAAGAGGGACAGCCUGAUGCUGGGCUCACCAAGGAUUACUCUAACUCAACCUUACAUCGUUUUAAGAAGCCAGGCUCAAAGAACUACCAGAAUAUCUAUCCACCUUCUGCUACUCUCCAUCUGUCCAACAUUCCACCCUCUGUCUCUGAAGAAGAGAUCAAGGAUGCAUUUACAAAGAAUGGGUUUCCAGUCAAAGCUUUCAAGUUCUUCCCUAAGGACAGAAAGAUGGCUCUGAUCCAGCUACCAACAGUGGAUGAUGCUGUCUCCGCUCUUAUAAAGAUGCACAAUUAUCAGCUGAGUGAAUCAAAUCAUUUAAGAGUUUCGUUCUCAAAAUCAAGUAUCUAACCAGCUCUCCAUCUGUCUCUUCCACUCACUGAGGUAUGAGGAAGGGAGAAUUCACAUGCCUACUGCUUUCAAGUCAGGAAGAAACUGAACAAUAACAACAGAAGAAUCGCAGUAUCUCCAAUAACUUUGUACCACUGAACACAAUGUUCUAUUUUGCACUUUCAUCAGAUUCAUUAUCUAAUGCAUAUCUAUCAGGGACAACAGACAUUUUGCUAAUAUGUGUAUUGAUCAUAUAAACAUAACAUUUUGACAGCAAGAGGAUGUGUACGCCUCGAGUAUUAAAGUAAAAUGUACUGAAUUUUGUGAAGACCAAAACUAAUUAACAAAUGUUUUACAAGGGCGUUAUUUGUUUGCUUCAGUAUAUAGUAAGUAAUGGAUGGACUAGUUCUAGAGGAUAGCUGGAGUCAAGCACAUUUGUGUGCUUUGUAGAAGAGGAACUCCAUGAAUUGAAAGAUAAUGAGAGUAAAAGUAACUGGAUUGAGUUUGCUAGUUAUCUCAUUUAAACUUCCUAAGUUUUGAUUACAUUCUUUCAUAUUUUGUGACAUCUGUCCCUCAUGAUCUUAUAUUACUGUCACUCUGCUGAUCCAUCAGUUGUCUUCAGAUCCACAACUUUCUAAUUUAGACAAGACUGGAAGUUUCUGAACAGUAGCUAAGUGUGGGUAUUUUGAAACAGAUUAAUAAUUAGAGUUUAUUUUAAUAUUGCUCACAAAUGAUGACGAUCAGAUCAAGCUGAUUGGAUGUGUUAUUCAUCUCAGAUUUCAUUAUAAACUUAUUAUUUUCCUAUGAACAUACAUUGACUAGGAAGUGUACAGGGUUCAUCAUUAAUCCUCAUUUUUAUUACAUGCAAGGCUGGAGAAAUUGUCUGUGACUGCAGGGUGUGAUGGGAGGGACAAGAAAUGAAAAUAUCCAGAUAUCUCUUAUGGAAUAGCAGUAACUUAGAAACCGUACGUGACCGAAUUUGACUACACUGUGAACUAGAAUGAAAAGAAUGUAGUAGUAUCUUUUUAUAUAACUGCAGUUCAAAUUUGUGUGAAAGACACUGCCAAGUGAUUGGAAGGUGAUGGAUGCACAACGUGAAGACAGAAACGCACAUUUGGCAAGCUGCAGCACAACUUUGGCAGGGAUGAUUGUAUCACUUGGUCAUGAUUGCUGGAUUAGUGUAAUUUAGAAUAUAUAUAGAGAGUUUAAAAUCGUCAGUAGCUUUAUUCCCAGAAAGAGGUAAACGGGGAAUUGGCUAACACAUAUCGAAUGCAUUAAUUGUGUCCCCAUUUUCAUAUUCAAUUAAAGUAAAUAGAAAUUGUGUAAUUUGUUAUGGGUAAAAAUAUCAUCACCAUGUAAUGACAUAAUUAUGUUAUCAGCCAUCUUGUUUGUUCUGCCUGCUAAGAAGUCAUUUUAUAGAUCUAUGCUACAUUCAUACAGUUUCUGCCCCCCCCCCCACCUCUCGCCCCAUUAACACCUCAUCGGUAGAUCUUUACAGAUGCUAGACGUAUAGCUUACACUUAAAAGAACCUUUCAUGUCUGAAUAUUUAGGGAAUCACACAAAAAAUACUAAAGUUGUGGAAGCAAAUGUUUAUACAUGCAUUUGCCUUUGAUAAGUAUUACCACACACACUAAAAAAAAUGUUUUUAAUGUGCUAUUUUUGGAAACAUGAAGAUAUUUAGAAGUUCAUAUAUUAUACUAUAUGACGCCAUAACUUUGAUUCACAUGCCCCAGUUUGUCAAACCAGUUUUUGGAUAUAUAUAUUUUUGCAUUUGUUCAAUCCUAUAUAGAGAGCAAUUGAUAACAAAUAAAUAUAAACAGAAUUAUCUUAAUAAAUGUUGUGUAUUUAGAAUUAAAGAAGAUAUGACAGAAUGAGAGACAGAGAGAGUAUGUUGUGAGAAUUGGGUAAAUGAUACUUUAUUUUGGAUCCAGAAACAUGUUUGUGAAUUCAGAUACAAGAGUAUUAUUUUUACUUUAUAUUACUUAACAGAGAGGAAAUACUUUUGAAGAUUCUUUCCCCAUUUUCUUGUAUCAAACCAUUCCAAGACUUGGCGAAGAUAAUGUGUGCAUAUGAUUCCCAUUAUAUUAUUAUUAUUAUUAUUAUUGUUAUUAUCAUUAUUACUACUACUACUAUUACUACUAUUGAUUUCUUCUUGGAAGUUUGGAUCAUAAACUGACCCUUGCACAUCUGUGAGAAUUAAAAUGACAUUUCUAUUCAGAAACAAAUUGAAGAUUUUUGUUACACUGUCAACAAUAGUAGGGAUACUUGUGGAAGUGGACUAGAAGUUUAUUAUUAUUAUUAUUAUUAUUAUCAUCAUCAUCGUCAUCUCAUUAUUUUCUUAUGGACAUUGUGAUGUACAGUCCAUUUUAUAGGGUGAAUAUUCAUUAGCUAAUUAGUUCAUUUUAUUUUUUUUACACAUUACAUAUUAAGGACUUAUAUAAUAAGUAAGCUGUAGUAGUUUUUAGGUAGGUUUAUCUUAAAGUAUCUCUUAACUAUAAUUGCUUUUACAUGUAUUUCUUAUUAUUUAGCUUAUUUAUCCUUUUUGGGUAACAGUUGUAAACAACCCUGUGGCAUUUGUUUAAAAUAAGAAGGAUGUAUUGAGGUUUGAAUGGUUAUGGGUGAAAUGUUAAAUGCUGCAGUUUUUUGUAGCUUUUGAUAAAAUUCAAGAAUUUUGGAAUUGGAGUUUCUUAAACUUACGUACUGCCAGUAUCUUCUGUGUAGUAUAAGCAUUUUCAUGAUUUCCCUCCACUCCCCUCCCAUAUAAAAGGUAGUCCAGAUUGACUCCACAAGUAAGAGGCCAACUCUAAAACCCAGUAGGUAUUUGUUGCAGAAUAUCUUGUAAGCCUUCUCCAUGUUAGAUCAUGGCUUUGCUGCUUAUCUGAACACGUUUUCACCCUGCUUAUGAGCCAUAUAAUAUCUUCAGAUUAAUAAUUAUUAUAGUAAUCAGUAUAUUAUAUAUCUGAAACAGUAUUCUCAUAGCUUUAAAUGAGUUAACUAUAUUACAUCUAAUUAAUAUUAUACUUAAUGAGGUGAAAAGAAAGCUACAGGGUUGGUUUAGACCAAUUCAUUAAACUUCUUUUUCAAUUUUUAUGGUAUAUUUCUAAACGUUUAUAAAUAUAUAUUAUAACAUAGUUGACAAUCACAAUUUACAGUAAAAAUCUCAUGGUUUGAAUACGUUCAGUUUCUUACAGUUCGUAUUAAAUCGUAUUUUGAAUGAGGUUUUAAUUGCAAAUUGCCAUGCAACCUCAUGGGUUACCUAUUUCAUGUGGAGAAUGUGAGUCUCAUCACAGAAAGUGCGCAGGAAAAUAUAACGUGGAAACAAUGCUAAUUAAAAAUUGAAUGUGCCGAAACAACAAGUAAAAAUAUAAAACAAAAAUAGUGCUUGGGCGAAUCAUUGAAAUUUUUUCUCGCUGUUACAUAUGUGACAUAUCACAAGGACCUCAAUUAUUUUUAUACGUUUUGAGACAAACUUAAAAAAGCCAGAAACGGUACAUGUGUGCCUUCCACAUACAAUUUAUUGGGAGGAAUUGUUAUCAUGAUACAAAGCAGCAUUGGGGUUGGGGUUGGGGGGGGAGAAAUUCUGAAAACAAUUGCAGUAUUUUUUGAAAAGAGGUGAGGGCAACUGCAGGCAGUGCUUAGAUUCUAGGGGUUUGGCUUACGUUGCUCUCGUCGUACCUUCUUGUUCUAUCAUUUAAAGUUCUGAUUCAAUACCGAAUUCCUUGGCUGCAGGGAAUGUUUCAUUUCAGCAUUCUGUCUAUGAAGUAUUCUUGCUCUUUGAAUGAAAUUGGUUCACUUUCUAUUAGGUGAGGUAUGAUACAUUACCCUCUUGUAUGAAAUGUUCCUUGGGUACCUUACUUAUAGCUUGUGAUAAAGUAACAUACAGUAGUAUGUACUGACCAGUCAUUUUCUAUGUUUUGGAAUGCAUCAUUAUUUUUACAUGCAGGAGUUUCCAUGUCAGUGUUACACUUUAUGACAAAAUGUCAAGAAUUUGUCAUGCAAUGUAGUCAUGCACGUUUUUUGAACUCUUAUGUUCACAAAGCAGAAUGUUAUCUCUUGGAUUAAAUUUUUCUGUAUAGUUGGGCAGUACUGUUAGAACAUAUUUUGAAGAAACCAACAGUGUUGUGACUUGGUUUCAGCUAUGUUAUAUGGCAGAUUUUGUCACCAGAUGGAAUGAAGCAACACAAUUGAAAGACUAAGCAGCUCUGCAGAUUACCCAGCACAUUGUAAGAAUAAAUUUAAAUAAAUAUUCCUUAUGCAUCUAAAACAAGUUGGUGUGAACUGCUGUGUUUGAUUUGUGAACUGAUGAUGAAACCACAUCCUAACAACUUGUUGACCUCAUGACCUUACUGCCAAGUGCUUCCAUUUUUUUCUUAACCAUGAGCCCUUAUCUAUGUGAUGUUGGACCAGAAUUUUAUUCUCAUUAAUUUUGUUAAUAAAUAUGUUUAUAAGGGCUUUGAAACAAAAAAAAAUUAUAAUGAGCUGUACAGAAUACUGUGAGGGCAUAGUGGAUGAAGUAUAAAGAUGUGGUGGCUGGCUGCUGUUUUACUAAAUUUCAACUGCACUUGCAUGUAGUAAAUAACAGUUUUGUUGGGACCAAAUUGUACUAUUUAAGAACAUGAAACUGAAAUCCAUUUACCAUAAAAACGUGCAUGACUAUAUGUGAAAUAUUUUUGUAUCUGUCAUAAGUGGGAUAUUGACUUCAUGCACAGAAAUCAGAGUCAUCUAACCUUACUUCACUGCAUUAAUGUGUACAAUCAGAAAUUAAGCAGAACUUCAUACAGGUAAUAAAAUGCAUUUGAGUUGCAUCACAGGGAACAUUCUUAAUAUUGAUUGAAAUGUUUUCACAAAA